GGUGGGGGGGAGGGGGGGCAUGGCGCCCCGCCCGCACGCACGCCGCCGCCUCCUCCUCCUCCUCGUCGUCUCCCGUUCUCGGCCCUGGCGGGAUGGUAACGCGAGGAAGAGGAGGAUGGUAACGCGAGGAGGAAGAGGAGGAGGAUGGUAACGAGAGGAUGAUGGUAACGAGAGGAGGAGGAUGGUAACGCGGGCUCGCUGAGGCUGCGAGAGACGAGAUGAGCGCCGCGGAUGGAGGCGAGGAGGGAGGAGGCACUGAUGCCGACAUCGAGGUCUUCUACAGAGCGGGGGCCGUGGCCAACGAUGGACCAGCCAUGGACAGCGUGUUGCCCCUGCUCAAGGACAAAGUGGCCUAUCUCUCUGGUGGGAGAGAUCGGCAAGGAGGCCCCAUCAUCAUGUUCCCAGCGCGUGGCAGCCUGGAGCGGGCCCGGCCUGAUGAUCUCCGAGAGCUCAUCGCUUACCUGGCCAGCGUGCCCAGCGAGGAGGCGGGCCGGCGCGGCUUCACGGCCGUUGUGGACAUGCGCGGCUCCAAGUGGGAGGGCGUGAAGCUGCUGCUGCGGACGCUGCAGGAUGCGCUGCCCGGCCGUGUACAUGCAGCGCUCAUCAUCAAACCCGACAACUUCUGGCAAAAGCAGAAAACCAACUUCGGCUCCUCCAAGUUUGAGUUUGAGACGGCGCUGGUGUCGGUGGACGGGCUGGCACGGGUCGUGGACCUGGCACAGCUGACGAGCGAGCUGGACGGCUCGCUGGACUACAGGCACGAGGAGUGGCUGGAGAUGCGGGGAGCAGCCGAGCGACUGGCAGGACGAGCGCGCCACCUGCUGUCCCGCCUCGAGGAGCUGCAGGAGAUGCUGGCGCGCAAGGACUCCCCCGGGGAGCUCGAGCGGGCGCGGCAGCUGGCGAGCGAGCACGCCAGGCUCAAGCGCACGGUGCUGGCGGCGCCUGUCGAGGCCCUGGAGCAGGAGACGCGGCGGCUGGUGGCCCGCGUGCGCUCGGGCGACGCGCAGGCCUUCCCCCGCUGCAACCCCGACCUGCAGGCACUCGGCCCGUGGCUCGCCGGGCUCACGGAGCGCCUGCACACCACCCGCCAGCACCUGCACCAGGUGUGGCACGUGCGCAAGCUCAAGCUGGACCAGUGCUUCCAGCUGCGCCUCUUCGAGCAGGAUGCCGACAAGAUGUUUGACUGGAUCGAGCACAACAAGGAGCUGUUCCUCAAGAGCUGCACAGAGAUGGGCUCGGGCCACCAGCACGCAUCCGAGCUGCACACACAGCACUCCCACUUCGCCAUGAACUCCAUGCAGAACGCAUACGUGAACAUCAACCGCAUCGUUUCGGUGGCGGGGCGCCUCGCGGAGGGCGGCCACUACGCGGCCCAGCAGCUGCGGCAGACGGCCGAGCGGCUCCAGCGCGAGUGGAAGGGCUUCACGGCCGCCAUCGACGAGCGCAGCCUCCUGCUCUCCAUGUCCGUGCGCUUCCACCUGCGCGGCGACCAGUUCCAGGCGAACGUGGACGGCUGGUGCAAGGCGUGCGGCGAGGGAGCUCUCCCCAGCGACAUCCACUCGCUAGAAGCUGCAAUCUUGCGCCACCAGGGCCUCUCCGAUGAGAUCGGCCAGGCCUACGCGGAGGUGAGCAGGGAGGGUAAAUCUCUGCUGGAGAAGCUGCAGCGACCCUUGAGUCCCGGCAGUGCCGAGUCGCUCACGGCCUCUGCAAACUACUCGGGCGCCGUGCAGCUCAUCCUCGACUGCGUGCACGAGGCGCUGCACAAGCACCGGCAGCUUGAAGCCCUCUGCACGCUACGCAAGCUGCGCCUGCACCAGCGGCUGCAGCUUCUCGUCUUCAAGCAGGACGUCAGACAGGUGCUGGAGUGGAUUGACACGCACGGGGAGACGUUCCUCAGCAAGCACACUGGGGUGGGCAAGUCGCUGCACCGGGCUCGCGCGCUGCAGAAACGCCACGCCGACUUCGAGCAGGUCGCACAGAACACAUACGUGAACGCGGAGAAGCUGCUGGAGGCGGCGGAGGCACUGGCACAGAGCGGGGAGUGCGACCCCGAGGAGGUCUACUGCGCGGCGCACGCCCUGGAGGAGCGUGUGCAGGACUUUGUGCGCCGCGUGGGCCAGCGCAAGCUGCUGCUCGACAUGUCCGUGUCCUUCCACAACCGCGUCAGCGAGCUGUGGGGCUGGCUGGAGGAGGUGCAGCACGACGACGCCCUGGAGGAGGCCGGCGAGAGCGGCGACGCGGAGGCCGUGCAGGAAUUGCUCUCUGAUUGGCGGCGGCGGCAGCACAGCACCCUGGAGGCGAUCGCCAGCGUGGCACGCGAAGGGGACGAUCUCAUACAGCAGCUGCGGACGGGUGGAGGAGCGCCCCACGCCAGCUCGCUCGCGCACCUGCAGGCCGUGCGGCGGCAGCUGGAGGAGGCCACGGCCUCCAUGGAGGACUUCUUUGACGAGCGCGGUGUCCGGCUCCAGCUGCUGUUGCGCUUCCGCUCGUUUGAGCGUGAGGCCACUGAGGUCAUGUCCUCGCUGUCGGUGUGGCACGAGGAGAUCGAGCGCCGCGCCACCGAGUUUUCCACCGAGGACCCCACGGAGGCCGAGCGCCGGCUGCGCUUCCAUUCGGACAAGUCACUGGGCCUCAACAACCUGGCGCUGGACCUGCUGGCGCAGGGGCAAGGGCUCAUGCAGUGCAUGCUGGAGGAGCAGGCCGCAGGCCUGGAGGUGGUCUGCGAAGGGGACGUGGAUAUGUGUGUGCGAGUUCAAGAGCUGCUCCAGUGCGUGCAGGAGCGCAGGCUGCAGCUGGAGGGGAGUGCAGACCUGCACCGCCAGCGCCUCGAGCAGUGCCUGCAGCUGUGCCAGCUCCAGGAUGAGGUCAAGCAGGUGUUGAGCUGGAUCCGUAAUGGGGAGUCGAUGCUCAACGCUUCGCUGCUCUCGGCCUGCUCGCUGGAGGAGGCCGAGUCGCUGCAGAGGGAGCACGAGCACUUCCAGGUCGCUAUCGAGUCGCUGUUUCCCGACCGCUCCCUGCAGCAGACGCACCAGAGCGCGCUGCGCGUGCAGCAGCGGGCCGCCGCCCUGCUCGGCUCGGGCCACUACGCCACGGACGCCGUGCGCUCGUGCGCGGAGAUGGUCGCCCAGCACUGGCAGCGGCUGCUGCUGAGGGUGGAGGACCGCCUCAAGCUCGUCACGGCCUCGGUCGCUUUCUACAAGACCUCGCAGCAGGUGUGCUCCGUGCUGGACAGCCUGGAGCAGGAGUACAAGCGCGAGGAGGACUGGUGCGGGGGCUCGGACAAACUGGGCCCUGGCGCCGAGAACGAUCACGUGGAGCCCAUCAUUCACAAGCACCUGGAGCAGAAGGAGGCCUUCCUCAAGGCCUGCACGCUCGCGCGGCGCAACGCCGAGGUCUUCCUCAAGUGCAUCCACAGGAACAGCGUGACGCAGCCCGGCUUCCUCAGCCCCGCCCGCGGCCCUGAGCAGCAGGUCAAAGUGAUCCUGGGGGAGCUGCUGCAGAGAGAGAACCGCGUCCUGCAUCACUGGACGGUCCGAAAGCGCCGCCUGGAGCAGUGUCAGCAGUACGUGCUGUUCGAGCGCAGCGCCAAGCAGGUGCUGAGCUGGAUCCACGACACGGGGGAGUUCUACCUCUCCACGCACUCGUGCACUGGGCAGACGCCCGACGAGAGCCGUGCCCUGCUGCAGGAGCACGACAGCUUCUCGUCCUCAGCCAAGGAGGUGCGUGAGAAGGUGGUGCUGCUGGUGCGGCUAGCAGAGUCUUUCCUGGCCAAGGGGCACGCUCACGCCGUCGACUUCCGCCAGUGGGUCACGGCCGUCGACAAACGCUACCGCGACUUCUCCUGCCGCGCCCACAAGCACCGGGCCGCCUUGGAGGCUGCACUGGGCCUCCCGCCACAGAACGAUCGCGAUCUGCAGCUUGACACAGUCCCAUUGGGGUUGGCCGAGUCGGGGGGUAAGCCUGAACCGGCCAAUCAGAGCCUGCGGCCAGAGAGCAGCCCAGCAUGCCUCACGGGGCCAGAGGUCAAGCUGCGAGACGCCAGUCACGAGCUCAACGAGGAGAAGAGGAAAUCGGCGAGACGGAAAGAGUUCAUCAUGGCGGAGCUGCUGCAGACGGAGAAGGCCUACGUGCGAGACCUUCACCAGUGCAUCGAGACGUACCUGUGGGAGAUGACGAGCGGCAUCGAGGAGAUUCCACCGGGAAUCGUCAACAAGGAGCAGCUCGUGUUCGGCAACAUCCGCGACAUCUACGACUUCCACAACAACAUUUUCCUGAAAGAGCUGGAGAAGUACGAGCAGCUGCCGGAGGACGUGGGCCACUGCUUCGUCACCUGGGCGGACAGGUUCCAGAUGUAUGUGGCUUACUGCAAGAACAAGCCCGACUCAAGCCAGCUCAUCUUGGAGCACGGGGGCACCUUCUUUGAUGAGAUCCAGCAGAAGCACAGUCUUGCAAACUCCAUCUCCUCGCAGCUCAUCAAGCCCGUGCAGCGCAUCACUAAGUACCAGCUGUUGCUGAAGGAGCUACUGACGUGCUGUGAGGAGGGCACGGGCGAGAUUAAGGAGGGCCUCGAGGUGAUGCUGAGCGUCCCAAAGAAAGCCAAUGACGCCAUGCAUCUCAGCAUGCUGGAAGUGUGCACGGGUCUGGAGGAGAGUGUGGCCGCUCAGGGGGAGCUGCUGCUGCAGGAGACGUUCCAGGUGUGGGACUCGCGUUCUCUGCUGCGCAAGGUCCGGGAGAGGCACCUCUUCCUCUUCGACAUGGCCCUGCUCUUCAGCAAGGAGCAGAAGGACUCCUCGGGCAGGAGCAAGUACCUCUACAAGCACAAGAUUCCUACGUCGGAGUUGGGGGUGUCGGAGCACGUGGAGGGGGACCCCUGUAAGUUCGCGCUGUGGGUCGGCCGCACCCCCACGUCAGACAACCGCCUCGUCAUGCGGGCGUCCAAUCUGGACACAAAGCAGGAGUGGGUGAAGCGCAUCCACGAGGCGAUCCAGGAACGCACGUUGCACCUGAAGGGGCCGCUCAAAGAGCCCAUCCAGGUGCCACGUACUCCUGGGGCCAAGCACCGCUCCAGGGAGGGUGGAGAGGACGCAGACAGCCUCGGAGAGAGCAGCAGCCAGCCAGACACCGCCUCUCUCACGUCCCGCAACUCCCAGCUCACCGUGGACAGCGACCGGCUGUCGGGUGGCUGCGAGAUGACGGUGGCAUCGCAGGACUUCUCUGCGGCCAGCUCGGGGGAGCUGAGCCUGCGCAAGGGCCAGGUGGUGGAGGUGCUGGAACGAGGACGCGAACGUGCAGACUGGUGCCUGGUGCGCGCCGGCGAGGGCAGCACGUCAUCCGAGGGCCUCGUGCCCUGCGCCGCGCUGAGCCUGCCACCCUCGCGUAGCAGCCUCGACAUGGACGGCCUCUCCUCCUCCAGCAAGGGCGAGGCCGCCGGCAGCCAGGAAGGCAUCUUCUCCCCGUCACUCACGUCCCUGCAGUCCCAGGCGACGGCCGCCGGGGGGGCGGCGUCGGGAGGCCCCGCGGGCCACGCGACCUCUCAGGCCGCGCAGCGAGCGGCCGGGGCGGCGGCCUCGACCCCCCAAGCGUCCCCCGCGGCGCAGCGCGGCGGCAAGGCGCUGCGCAAAUGGCUCAAGAGCCCCGUGCGACGCCUCAGCAGCAGCAAAGCGGAAGGGGGUGGCCGCAAGGGGGCCGCAGGCAAAGCGGCCAAGAAAGGGGGCCGCAAGGGAGAGGAACCCGCAGGCCUGGAGAAUGGAGGUGCCAUGCUCGACGAGGGACCUGGGAGUGUGGUGGAUGAGAAGAAGCAGUCAGUGUGGUCGACCAAGUCUUCAACAUGGGCCGGGAAGAAAGCCGCUGCUGGAGCCUCGAAGGGUGACUCCAUGGCAAUGAGCACGUGUGUGGAGGAGGAGGCCGAGGACGGAGCCGAGAGUCUGCCUCUGCCCCCACCCAUGGCCAUUCAGCAGCACAACCUCCUGCAGGAGCCCGCUUACCUGUCUGUCCCUGCCUCCUGUGGGGAGGCCCGAACCCCGGCCGGCGAUCCCUCCCGCUCAGGUGCGGAGGAGCGGCCAAGUUCACUGGGACCGAAGAUGGCGGGGGGGGCGCCCCCCUCACCGGGUGCCGCCUCCCCGUCCUCGCCCGCGCCUGUGUGCCCCAGCGGUCGGGUGCUAGAGCAGCGCCGGUUGGUGCUGAAGGAGCUGGUGGACACGGAGGCAGACUACGUGCGCGACCUCGGCCUCGUGGUGGAGGGAUACAUGGCGCACAUGAAGGAGGAGGGCGUGCCAGAUGACAUGAAGGGAAAGGACCGCAUCGUGUUUGGCAACAUCCUGCAGAUCUACGACUGGCACCGCGAAUUUUUCUUGGCGGAGCUACAGAGGAGCCUGGAGCAGCCAGAGAGACUGGCCUCCCUCUUCAUUAAGCACGAGCGGAGGCUGCACAUGUACAUCGUGUACUGCCAGAACAAGCCCAAGUCGGAGCACAUCGUCUCCGAGUACAUAGACACCUACUUCGAGGACCUCAAGCAGCGCAUGGGCCACCGGCUGCAGCUCACCGACCUGCUCAUCAAGCCCGUGCAGCGCAUCAUGAAGUACCAACUGCUUCUCAAGGACUUCCUCAAGUACACACGUCGGGCGGAGCUGGACACUGUUGAACUGGAGAGAGCGGUGGAGGUAAUGUGCGUGGUGCCCAAGCGAUGCAACGACAUGAUGACCGUGGGGCGGCUGCAGGGAUUCGAGGGGAAGCUGACGGCCCAGGGCCGCCUGGUGCUGCAGGACACGCUGCUCGUGAGCCAGACAGAUGCCGGGCUGCUCGCGCGGAGCAAGGAGCGCCGCCUCUUCCUCUUUGAGCAAAUCCUCAUCUUCAGCGAGCCACUGGACCGCAAGCGCGGCUUCUCCCUGCCAGGGUUCCUCUUCAAGCACAGCAUCAAGAUAAGCCAGCUGGCCCUGCAGAUGGACGUGGAGGGCGACCCGUGUAAGUUUGCGGUGGCGUGGCGGAGCGGCGGUGGCGGCUCGGGGGGCGGCGAGCGUUACCUGCUGCAGGCGUCGAGCCCCGAGGCGCGGCAGACCUGGGUGCACGAACUCUCCCAGCUCCUUGAGACGCAGCACAACUUCCUCAAAGCGCUCGUAUCGCCCAUCGAGUACCAGAGGAGCCAGGGCAACGGCAACUACAACAGCCUGGGCCGGUUGCGCCCACCUGCGGGGUCCUCCCCCGUGCCCGGAGUCGGCGCCUCCCCUCGUCCCCUCUCCUCCAUGGCUGCCUACAGCGGAGGGGGUGCAGCGACGGUCAAGGGUUCUGGGGCUGAAGAGGCCCCCUCCCCUGUCGGGCGGAACACCUCUCUGCCGGCGCUCAACCACCUGAGCUUAAAAGAGAGCGACGGCCCUAUCACGGGCGCAUCGUCCGUGGGAACAGUGGGGUCCGGCGGCGAGGCCGUCGGCCACAACUCCGGCUUUCCCACGCUGCGCUCACCGAGCGGGCUGGAACACAAGGGCUCGGCCCCGGCGUUGCUGUCACCCGGCGCUGGCGGGGAGCCCAAGGAGCGAGCGGGGGCCACGGAAGUCCCGCACGGCAGCAUUCGGAGGACGGACAGCGGCCUGCAUGGCUCGUCCGGCUCGGGCACGAGCCUGGAGGAGGCCGAGACGCGCGGCGUGCAGGGCGUUGGAAACGCCAUGCCCCAGGGCAAGCCGCCACCGGGCAGUCCUCCGCCAGACGGGGGGUCCCCUCUCCGCUCCGCGUACUCCUCCCCGGCCCGUCUCCCCAGGGACCUAUCGCUGCCCCCGUUGAGCCCCUUUCCUCCACCCAGCCCCUCCUCCAGCUCCGGCAAAACCUCUUUCUGGAGCACGGACCCAGCGUCGCCGGCCAACCGGCAUGGGGUGUUCAGCUUUCCCGGCGACGGGGACUCGCUGCCGCGGCGCGCCAGGCGGCCACCUUCUGGCCGUGAUGCGGACAGACUCAGCAACUGCUCCACCACCAGCGAGCACUCGCUGCAGAGCACCGGGUCCCAGGGGGAGGACACCGGGAGCUCUGGCGGCGGCGGCGCCUGCAUGCUGGUGACGGCCGAUUACCGCGCCGUGCGCGAGGACGAGGUGAGCGUGGCCCAGGGCGAGGUGGUGCAGGUGUUGGCUACCAACCAGCAGAACCUCUACCUGGUGUACCGCGCCGCCACCCCCACCUGCCCCGCCGCGGAGGGCUGGAUUCCGGGCCACGUGCUGGGCCACGCGGGGCAAGGCUCCAGCGGCAGCGCCGCUAGGGAGGUCUCCAGCGAAUACGGAGUCAGGAAGUCCCCGUCGUGGCACGCUGCGUUCCGGUUACGCCGGAGGGAGAGUCGGGGCGAAGGUCGCUCGGAUGAGUCUCCACACAAGAGCCGCGACCCUCACCGCGUCAUCGUCAAGGACUCUCCUGUCUCUCCCGACUGCGAGUGGGACGAGACCCAGCCUAACACUAACGUGGAGUUGCUGAAUCCAAACGUCAUUUACGAAGUUGCCCCGGAGUUCCUUCACCCCGUGCAGGAUACAAGUUGUGGUAUUGGCGAGACAGCCACCCUGCGGUGCAAGGUGUGCGGCCGCCCGCGCGCCACCGUGGUAUGGCGGGGCCCAGGCCAGGCAAACAUCACUCCCAGCAACAAGUACACGCUCGCGUACAGUGACUCCGGGGAGGCGACGCUCAAGAUCCACAGCGUGAUGCCGCAAGACGGCGGCCUCUACUCCUGCGUGGCCAGCAACGACGUGGGAGCCUCCACCUCGUCGGCAACGCUCCGCGUGCAGGGGGUGCCGGGAGCUCCGGGCCGCCCCGUGGCCCAGGAGCGGAGCAGCUCCUCUGUGUUCCUGCGGUGGCCGGCGCCUGCCAGCACCGGCAACUGCCCCAUCUCAAGCUACACCGUGGAGUACCGCGAGGAGGGCAUGCCAGGCUGGCAGCACGUGGUGACCUCCACGCUGGAGACCUUCCUGCUGGUGGAGGAGCUCAGUGCCGGUGGGCAGUAUCAGUUCCGAGUGAGCGCCAGCAACCCAUGGGGGAUCAGCUCGCCCAGCGAGCCGUCCACGUUCAUCGCCCUGCCCAGCGACCCAGAUGCCAGCAGUGAUGGAUUGCGUACGGUCUGGAAGGACAACUUCGACAGCACCUACGCCGAGCUCGCUGAGAUUGGACGGGGCCGGUUCUCGGUGGUGCGACGCUGCCUGCAGAAGGGCAGCCCCCGGGAAGUGGCGGCCAAGUUCGUGAGCAAGAAGCUGAAGCGGAAGGAGCAGGUGGCGCACGAGGCGGCCGUGCUGCGCAACCUGCAGCACCCGCAGCUGCCGUCGCUGCUGGACACCUACGAGACGCCGUCGAGCUUCGUGCUCGUGCUGGAACUACUGCCGGAUGGUCGUUUGCUUGACCACGUGGUCCGACAGGGAGAGCUGACGGAGGAGAGCGUGGCGGGCUACCUGCGGGACACCUUGCACGCGCUGCAAUACCUGCACAAUUGUCGCAUUGCCCACCUGGACAUCAAGCCCGAGAACCUCCUGGUGGAGGUGUCGGGCCCGUCCGCCGUGCGGGUGAAGCUCGUGGACCUGGGCGAGGCAGUGCAGAUCACCACGCACUACUACGUGCACGUGCUGCUCGGCAGCCCCGAGUUCGCCUCGCCCGAGGUGGUGCGCGGCCAGCCGGUGGCGCUCAGCACCGACGCGUGGAGCCUCGGCGUCCUGGCCUACGUGCUGCUCAGCGGCGUGUCGCCCUUCCUCGACGAGAGCGUCGAUGAAACCUGCCUCAACAUCUGCCGCCUUGAUUACAGCUUCCCGGAGGAGUACUUUGCGAGCGUAAGCGAGGAGGCGCGAUCGUUCGUGCGCCUCCUGCUGCAGGGUGACUACACGCGGCGCCCCCCGUGCUCCGCCUGUCUGCUCGAUCCCUGGCUGCAGUGCCCGGGCUACGCCUACCCCGGCGCGCUGCUGGACGUCGCCCGUCUCGCCGCGUUCAUAGAGAGGCGGAGCCAUCAGAACGACGCGCAGCCCAUCAGCCCCGUCACCGACUACAUGAUCAGCCGCGCCACCAUCCGGGCGUAACGACCCGCUUGGCAGCCGUCGAGUGUGGGUCCCGGGGCCUGGGCAGUGGGGGGGUCCUUGGGUUGAGCAUCGACCUUUAGGCCGAGCAGUUUAAAGGUCGUAAGGCAAAGGAAGCAAUAAUAAUAGAAACCAGUUUUCAAAAGUUUGAGCAACCGAAAGAGGUUCUACCUGAGCCUUGACAUACUUUUACAUUUCGUUUCUUACAGCCAGUCCACCCUCGGGCAAAGAAAACCAAUGCAAAUGCAACACUUGGCCGCUCAUUUUUUAAGGGGGAAACAUUGCACAGGGCUCCCUCUCAAGUGAACUAUUUUCCUCGGACAACAGUUUUGUACAGAAUGUGGACACGGUUUAAAAGCCAAAAACUACCAGGAGGAGCAGUAGGGCUGCAUGACGGGCAUGGAGGUAACCAAGCCCACACGGGGCCCGGGUGGCAGGCGAAGGCGGCACGCGCUUCCACGCAUCCGAUGCAGGAAGGUGCCAGGGCUUGCAUGAUGUCCCGGGUCCACCUGGUGGUUUCGUUUGGUACAAUGGGCGGGUUACCUGGGCCAAACAGACCGCAUGCCUACUGGCUGCUUACCUAUGCGUGUGGGUGAAUGCAAAUGAGUGUGCGUAUGCAACUUUAUUCAUGCACACGUGUGCUUGCACGCAUGUUCAAGGCCACGUUGUUCAAUGCCAGACUGUUCAAUGCCAAGCUCCUGUUAGUGGAGUAAGCGAAAUCAACACACACAUCCACAACCCAAUCAUAACUACGAGAGAAGGUUGAGGCUCCAUGGAGCUACUCAAAGUGUAUUUAACAGUGUAUUUAACAAAUCCCUAUAGAGACCAGCUCCAAUGCAUUCAUAGUGUGGUUUCAGUGCAGGGCCACCUGUAUUACGGCAACACUGUUCACCUUCCCAUCUGCCCCUCAGGCCAGACAUGGUGGUGGCCUGAUGGGCAGGAAGGCCGAGUGCACCUGUACAGAGGCCAGGCCACGUUGGCGUGUUGACUAGGUGUUCCCCUACAACAACGCCUGAUGUUACAUGCCUGGGUGCGAACACCCGCAGCGUGAGUGGUAACCGGGCGUGGCUGUAAUCACGACGCGUUCUGAACAGACGGACGUACGGGCUAAGGGACCUGAAGUGAUUAAUAAAUGUAGUGUGUACUCUGCUCGUGCCAUGUGUUUGGAAAAAAAAAGAAUGUCUUAUGCAGUAACCAUAGCGUUUAGUGUUGUUUAACGGAAGGUGUUGGUACGCUUUGCGUUCCUCCUCCCCACGUGGGCGAUGAGUGGCGUGCGCCCCGCAUGCUCGCCCUCGCUGCCCCAUUCCACGAGCCGCGCCCCUUCUCCCCAGCUGUGGUACGUGUGCCAUGCGUGUGUGCCGUCUGUGCGUGCCAUCUGUACAUGCCGUCGUGUGUGUGUGUGCAUGCCAUGCCGAUUCCACCCCACGUGUGCGCGUGUGCCGUGGUCGCGUGUGCCGUGCGCGCACCAGUUUGUGCGCGCGGGGUUCUGUACAACCUGGCUGCCAAUCUGAAAAAUGUAACCUUUUGCAGGUUUAAGCUGUCGAGGCUCAAGGCCGAAAACCUAUUAUUCAGCCUUGUGUUUAGAAAGCAUAUUUUGCCAAAAUUAAAUGUAUUUUCGGCUCGGUGACCAGCUCUCUGAGCGUUUUAGACAAUGUUGUUCCAUGUGAGUGUACAAGCAUCGGCGUGCCCCGUGUGCCCUCUGUGUGUAAAUAGUGUGCGUUCUAUUUAAUGGCAGUCCUAGACCGUGGUGGGUGAGGUAGGUCGGCCGCGUGUGCGAGAUGUCCCCGUGCGGUGUACCGGGUCCCACCGGGGCCCUCGUGUGGUGCUGUGCGUACUUUUUAUCACCGUGAAUCUGGAGUAUUAAAGGCAAGCUUUACAUCCUAA